AUGCCUAAGGAGAAGGUAACCCGCGGUAAGGGCAGGAAGGCCGAUGCUGGCAAGAAAAAGAAGGACCCCAACGCGCCCAAGCGCGGUCUCUCCGCCUACAUGUUCUUCGCCAACGAGCAGCGCGACAAAGUCCGCGAGGAGAACCCUGGCAUCAAGUUCGGCGAGGUCGGCAAGCAGCUGGGUGAGAAGUGGAAGGCUCUCUCUGAGAAGCAGCGCACUCCUUACGAGGCCAAGGCCGCUGCUGACAAGAAGCGUUACGAGGAGGAGAAGGCUGCUUACCAGGUAUGUCCUGUAUGUUUGCGGCGUGAUUCUUGCUAA